AUGGAGUACCUCAGUGGGGCUGGGCCUGGGGCUGGGGCUGGGGCUGGGUAUGGCGGUGCGGCUGGGGCUGGUGGCGGGCUCGGGCAUGGCCUCUCGUCGCGGUACUCGGACACGGGCUUUGCGCCAUUGCCAUCGCUGCAGCGACCGGUGAGCUCGGGAAUGGAGACCGGAAUGGGGGCUGGGUCAUGGGCAAGGGCGGGCCAGCUGCCGCCACCGGCUCAGUCGGUCUCGCCGGCUGGAGUCGACGUCGAUUUGGGCAUGUAUGGCCUCGGACGCAGCCGCAGUCGCUCGCCCCCGCGCGGCGGCAGCCGUGGCGCAGGCUACGGUGACGGCUACGGCGCGCCGUUUGGCGACGGUUAUGGCGCGCCGUUUGGCGACGGCUACGGCUCGCCACCCGACCACGAUGACGAGUACUACUCGUCGGACCUGGCCGACGAGGUCGGAUACGGAUCACGCGGAGUAGGUAUGGAUGACCUCGGCGCCGGAUCGCCGAUGGCAGCAUCGCCGCUCGAUUUUGCGGCGCCGCCGCCGGGUGCGGGCCUGCCGGCCGACGCCGACCACUACGUGGUGGCGCUGUACCCGUCCGAGCCGUCGAUUGCCGACGAGCUGCCGCUGCAAAAGGGUGAGAUGUUGGCGGUGCUUGGUGAUCGCGGCGAGUGGUGGAAGGGGAGCAAUGUUUCCGGUGCGGUCGGCUACUUUCCCAAGGUCUACACCAAGAAAGUCAGCCGCUCUCGCGUGGCGCAGGCCGGCGUCCUCGCCGACCCUGCAUCGCAGACACUACCGACGACCGAGUACGCCGAUUCAACGCCGCAGCAGGCCGGUCCCGAGCCUGCACCGGCAGGAGCCGCUGCCAAGUCUGAGCCCGAUCCUGUGGCGCCAAAGCCAGCGACCGCCGAGCCGGCGAGCGCCAAGCCCGCAGCACCAACGCCAACGCCGACGCCGACGCCGGCGACGAGUGCGCCGGCGACUGCAGCUUCUCCGCCGCGGCCGCGGCGACCUCGGGCCAAGCCGGCGCCCAAGGAGAAGACGAGCCAGGAAAAGGUGGCGACACUGAUGGACUCGCUGGGAGUGACGAUUGUGAUGCUUGUGGUGACGGUGUAUGUGCUGUUCAUCGACGACUUGGUGACCAUUGUGGGCGCGGACCGGUCGUCGGGCCACGACACGAUGGUGUUUGUCUUUCUCAUCCUCAAGGUCAUUGUCUUUGUCAUGUUUCUGGUCGAGCUUGUGGCGACGUCGUGGGCGGACCGCAAGUACUUUCUCUCGUUCUUCUUCUGGCUCGACGUGCUCGCGCUCGUCUCGCUUGUGCCGGACGUGCUCCUCCUCUUUGGCUUUGACCUCUUCUCGUCCAUUUCAGGGCUCACUGUGGCACGGACCGGGCGGGUGGCGCGCGCGUCUGCGCGGGCAGCGCGGCUUGUCCGUGUGGUGCGAGUCAUCAAGAUCUCGCGGUUCAUCGGCCAGCAGCACGGUGCGUCGACGCGCGGCUGGCUCGACUCGGGCGACGACGGGGCCGAUGCUGCGACGGCGCUGGGGCCGGCGGCCGAGGCUGCUGUCAACACAACAACGAACAAGAUGACGGCGAUUGUGCUCAUUAUGUUCCUCGCGGUCUCGCUCAUGCAGAUCUCCCCCGAGUGGGUCGGGCACGCCGAGGCCGGGCUCUGGACGCUGGAGACGGCACUCGGCUCGAACGACACGGCGACGGCGUCGCUCGCGCUCGCCCGGUUUGUGCAAACGUACCCGUCGACGUUGCCGGUCCUCGCCGUCCGGUCAGCCGGCGUCUCCGUAUACGGCGAUGUGACGCGCGAUGUGUGGAAGCACUACGACGUCUUUCUGGAGCCCAUCUACACGCCGGGCAACGUGACGCAGGCGUAUUUUCUCGCCAAGCACCGCGAGCGGGUCCAGGCCGCGUUCAACCUCUCGCUCGUCAUCCUCAUCAUCCUCAUCCUCGCUGUCGGCACGGUCCUCGUUGGCCUCGACGCCAAGGCACUCGUCCAUGCCACCCGCAAGACAGAGAUGCAGAAGUUCCACCAGAAGCAGCUCGAGCUCAUGGGCCGGUCGAUGGCUGCCCGCGAGGCAGCCGCCCGCUCGCAAGACGAUCUCCGGAGCUCCGCCGUGGUCGAUUGAAUGAAACUCUAGCCCCU